AUGUCGGCGACGGGGCCCAUCAGUAACUAUUACGUGGACUCGCUCAUCUCUCACGACAAUGAAGACCUCCUAGCGUCCAGGUUUCCGGCCACGGGGGCUCACCCCGCCGCCGCCAGACCCAGCGGUUUGGUGCCGGACUGUAGCGAUUUUCCGUCCUGUAGCUUCGCGCCCAAGCCGGCAGUGUUCAGCACGUCGUGGGCGCCCGUGCCCUCGCAGUCGUCCGUGGUAUACCACCCGUACGGCCCCCAGCCCCACCUCGGCGCAGACACGCGCUACAUGCGGACUUGGCUCGAGCCGCUGUCCGGCGCCGUCUCCUUCCCCAGCUUCCCGGCCGGGGGCCGUCACUACGCCCUCAAGCCGGACGCCUACCCCGGGCGCCGCGCCGACUGCGGCCCGGGCGACGGCCGCAGCUACCCGGACUACAUGUACGGCUCGCCCGGGGAGCUGCGCGACCGCGCCCCGCAGACACUGCCCUCGCCCGAGGCGGACGCGCUCGCCGGCAGCAAGCACAAAGAGGAGAAGGCCGACCUGGACCCCAGCAACCCCGUGGCCAACUGGAUUCACGCCCGCUCCACGAGGAAGAAGCGCUGCCCCUACACCAAGUACCAGACGCUGGAACUGGAGAAGGAGUUUCUCUUCAAUAUGUAUUUAACCAGGGACCGUCGGUACGAGGUGGCCCGGGUUCUCAACCUCACCGAGCGGCAGGUCAAAAUCUGGUUUCAGAACCGGAGGAUGAAGAUGAAAAAGAUGAAUAAAGAGAAAACCGACAAGGAGCAAUCCUAAACCCUGCCCCAGCCUGCUGCCUCGGCACAGCCAAGGGAAAAACAAAAAGCCCCACAAAAAUACCCCAACCCAGGCGGGAGAGAGCACGAAAAGAAAAGGAAAGAGCAAGAUAGAGAAAAGCCAAUCAGCUUGAAAGAAAAAAAAAAAAGGAAGGGGGAAAAGGAAAACUCUUGCGAUUUGGGGGGGUUCAGUGUUGAGAAA